GACGAGCACAAUCAUAAAGUUUCAAUUUAAUUUCGAUGCUAAAGUCAAUCGGGAAUCAGCAAUGAAGCAUUUUAUAGUUCUGUUAUUUCUGUCGGGCUUAUUAGCAAGUGAUCUGUACGAUGACUUAGAGCUUAUAUACCAAAGGAGGUUGGACGAGCUGGUCACUGAUAAUUACAACUUGACUUUGGCAGAACAAUUGCGAGAUCAGAUAACAGGGGAAGGAACUUGGAGUGAUGUGGACUACACAUCCGGAUGUCCUGCAAGACGAGCUACUUGGCCAGCUCAACAACAUUGGCAUAAAAUCAUAACAAUGGCCAGCGCUUGGCAUUAUAACCAAGACGAUAGAGACCUUUUCGACAAAAUAAACUCGGGAUUGAAUUGGUGGUUCGAUAGAGAUUUUACGGAAACUGAUUGUGUCAAUGGUGGCGGUCAAGGUCAUCUGAAUUGUCCAUGUGGUACUCCUGGUAUGUGGAAUACAAACUGGUACGGACAGAUGAUUUUGAUACCGGGAUUGGUGAGCAAUGCCUGCAUUAUAAUGAGAACCCAUUUGACGAGCUAUCAACUUGAAGCUUGUCGUACAAUUAUUGCUCGAGCAUAUGCUCGGAUCGAUGGAGAUCCCAAUGGCAGCAUGGGUGCAAUGACAGGUGCCAAUAUGCUUGAUGUGUCGUCGCGUGGAAUAAACCUGGCUAUACUAUCCAAUGACACCGAUUUACUAAAUGACGCAAUAAAUAGAUAUUUUAAUGAAUGCCAGUACACAUCGGGAAGUGAAGACGGCAUAAAAGUCGAUGGCACAUUUAUGCAGCACGAUGCUCAAGUCUAUACCGGAAAUUAUGGAGCAGAUUUUAUGCGAACCAUGAUGACGAUGUUCUACCAAACUAAGGGCACUUCGUUUUAUCCGCCCCAGUCGGUACAAGAAGCGUUCCUAACAGUGAUCAAUGGCAGUGAAUGGCUUAUCUACCGUAAAAAUUCCGAAGAUGAUCCAUACUCUCCUAUAUUGUCGUGGCAGUACAGUGUCAUGGGUCGAAUGAUUUCUCAUAGGUAUUCCGAUUGGCGUGGAAUCAGAUUCGAUUUUGACAUUCUACUUUCUGGAACUGAAACAUGGGGAAAUCGGGCUGGUUUCCAAGAGAUUGUCGGUCGCUUGAAUAGCGGUACGAAUGUGAAUCCUGGUGGUUUGGUGGGUACAAGAUUUUUCCCUGUCUCUGAUUACAUGGUACACCGGGGCUCGACCUACAUUGUUACUCUAAAAAUGUUUUCGAGGCGAACAACCAACUCCGAAUGCAAUAAUUCCCAAAAUCCGUAUGGAUUUCAUUUAAGCGACGGUGUUAUAUACACGUACAAGAAUGGACACGAAUAUACCGACAUCUACGGAGCAUGGGAUUGGUAUUUGACUCCUGGUUCAACCGUGAACUAUGGAGCUACUCCGUUAGCAUGUAAUCGAGUACAAUUUAAAGGAAAAGAAAAUUUUGUCGGAGGUGUUGCGUUGGGAAAUGCUGGAGUUGCUGUCAUGAACUAUACAAACCCUCAGACUGAAUCAUUACGGUGGUUGAAAUCCUACUUUUUCUUCCCGAAUGCAUACAUCGUGCAGUUUGUGGGCGAUGUUAUUUCCACAACACCUACAUCGCCGAUCUAUACCACUCUGGACCAACGUCAAUUGUCCGGGCCUGUAUAUAUUGAUGGUGUACUAAUGACGGGGACAAGAGUAAAUACAAUUGCUAGAAGAUUGUGGCAUGAUAGAGUGGGCUAUGAAUUUGUUCGACCGGUAAAUUUGACCGUAGACACAAACGAAAGACAAGCAGAUUGGCCUGCUAUCGGUAUUUCGUUGGGCAAUGAAAUGCAUUCGAUUUUUGCUGCUUUUUUCACCCACAUCGUUGAUUCAGGAAACGAAAGUCGUUUCGAUUACUUUGCGUUUAUCGACGUCGACGUUGAGAGGUUUAAUAUCGACGCAAAACAGUUUUCUCCAGUUCAAAUGAUCGAACAGGGAAACUCGGUUGGAACUGCGACACAAGCGAAUGUUAGAGGAGCCGCGUUUGGAGAUCCACAAGAAUUAUUAUCAGACAGAUACAUAGGUCUAGCAUUUUUGACUGCGGGUGAAUUUUUAACGCAACUGGAAGAUAUAACAGCUGUUGCUACCAAUGCUCCAAUUGUAUUGCAAUUCCAGCGCUCAAACAAUGUUAACUAUGAUUGGAAGGUAGCUGUUGCAGACCCUAGUCAUUUGUUAAACUCAGUACAAGUUAAUGUUACUUUGUCAAAUGUGGCUGAUCCGAUUGUGCUCGAUUUCGAAUUACCUCGUGGAAAUUUUGCUGGUAGCGCCGUUCAGGUUGAAUUUGAGAAAAAAAGUUCCAGCAACGGCUGCUCUGGGCUUACCAAUAUGAGUCUUUUGCAGCAAAUAACGUUUUUGAGCGUCGUUUUCGCAGGAAUAUCGAUCGUAAACGAUUUUUUUUCCAAUUGAGAAAUUAACGAAAUUUUACAAAAAUAGCAAUCGAGAUAAUAAUAAAGCCAUAGGGAAAACAAAAACAU